AUGUCCAGUCACCCCGCCGCAGAUCGGGUGACACCCGCAACAAAAGUAUGGACCACCCUCAUCACAAACACAGCCUACCUCCCAGGCCUCUUGACCCUGGACUACUCCCUCAAAAAGGCGGGCUCGAAAUACCCGCUCGUGGCGCUGUACACGGACACCUUCCCAGCCGACGGACACGCAGCGCUCGACGCGCGCCGCAUCCCCAAGCAGCGCGUGCCCUACCUCCUCCCCACGGUGCCGAAAGACUUCGCCAACGACGUCCGCUUCUACGACUGCUGGAGCAAGCUGACCCCGUUCUCGCUGGUGGAGUAUGAGCGCGUCGUGCAGCUGGACAGCGACAUGCUGGUCGUCCAGAACAUGGACGAGCUGAUGGACUUGGAGCUGGAUCCGCCGAGCAUGGGCGGGACGGGCGAGCGCGUCUUCGCAGCUAGCCAUGCGUGUGUGUGUAACCCGCUGCGCAAACCGCAUUACCCCUCUGACUGGUAUGUUGCGUGGUUCUUCUGCUUCUGGGAUACCGACCAACUGCGCGUAUACGAGUCAGCAUGGCGUUCCGGAUCUCGCGCAAACUACGGCCCCGGCCGCGACGGCGGGUCUGGGGAUCCCGAAUGGUGGUCUGCAGGUCGUGAACCCGUCUCGGGCGACGUAUGA